AUGGAGCCAGCUUUUGCGGCAGCUACCGCUCGGGAAUUUGGACCAGAGUCAGCCCCGGAGUCGGCCCCGGAGCCCGUACCGGAGCCGGCUCCCGCUAUCACGUGGUUCGACAUCUACCAGCGCGUCAUGACAGUGGUGACGUACGUGGUGUACGCGGGCAUCAUCGUGUUCGUGCUGGUGAUUCUGGCGUGGCCGACGCCGCAGCGGCCGCGGCCGGACGGCCGUCGCCCGAUAAGCCGGCGCGAAUGGACCGCCAAGUCGCUGGCGGCCAAGCGGCGCGGCGCGCUGUCGCCGCCCUGCCGCGUGCUGCUCACCAGCUUCGCCGACGCCUUCGCCGACUUCAUGUCGUGCAGCAUGAAGAGCUCGCGCCCGCUGCGCGUCUGCCUCAAGUGCAUCGACACGCGCUACGCCAUCGAGAAGGCCUACGGCAACAUCUUGCACGGCACAAGCCCCGCUGACGAGGACUGCCAUUACGAGCUGAUGAACCAGGACGACGUGCAGGUGGUGGCGUUCAACAUGCGCUACUACCACCGCAUCAUGGACCUAAACCGCUGCGACCGCUGCAUGCUGCGGCAGCCGUAUGGUGGCUACCGCGUGCAUGACGAGGUGCUGGACUACAAGCUCAAGCACGACGAGUUCCGCGCGUGUCUGCGUGCGAACGACCACCGCACGGCGCCGGGCGCCGACGGCACGCCAGAGGUGUGUACGCUCUGCUCGGAGCAUCUCGUGCGCCAGUCGAACCAGCUGGAGGUGGUGGCCGAACAGCCGCUGCACCCGGUCGUCAGCUCGUGCAAGGACGUUGAGGACAUGGCCAACGCAGAGGGUCGGUGA